AACAAGAAAGAARAAGUAGAAUAAUACGCUCUGGAAAACCAUUUAAAAAAUGAGUCUCUGGGUGGAUAAAUACAGACCUACGUCCCUAUCUAAGCUUGACUAUCAKAAAGAUCUAUCAGAGCAUCUAAAAAAGUUGGUUCAUAGUGGGGAUUUUCCACAUCUCUUGGUCUAUGGUCCCUCUGGUGCUGGCAAGAAGACGAGAAUCAUGUGCAUCUUGAGAGAACUCUAUGGUUCAGGAGUGGAGAAGCUCAAGAUUGAACAGCAUAACUUUACAACACCAUCAAAGAAAAAAAUUGAUAUUUCCACAAUUGGAAGUGCUUAUCACAUUGAAGUUAAUCCAAGUGAUGUUGGUAUAUACGACAGAGUAGUCAUACAAGAACUUCUCAAAAGUAUGGCACAAUCACACCAGCUAGAAUCUUCUGUGCAGAAGGAAUUCAAAGUUGUAGUGCUCACAGAAGUUGAUCGUCUAACUAAAGAUGCACAGCAUGCAUUGCGUCGUACCAUGGAAAAAUAUACGUCUACUUGUAGGCUGAUCUUGUGCUGUAACUCUACMAGUAAAGUAAUCCCUGCUAUUCGUAGUCGAUGUCUUGGAAUACGUGUCGCGGCACCAUCAAUAGAUGAGAUCAGCCAGAUACUCCAUCAUGUGUGCAAGAAAGAAGGCCUUGUUAUUCCCUCAGAGUUGGCAAAGCGAAUAGCUGAGAAAUCUGGAAGGAAUCUGAGGAAGGCACUUCUUAUGUGCGAAGCUUGUAGAGUGCAACAAUACCCAUUUAGUGCAGACCAGUCUAUACAAGAAGCAGACUGGGAAAUAUAYCUCAGAGAAACAGCACAACAAAUUGUUGAAGUCCAGAGUCCUAAGAGACUCCUCGAGGUUAGAGGUCGGCUUUAUGAACUUCUCACCCAUUGCAUUCCACCUGAUGUCAUAUUGAAGGGGUUGAUAUCAGAGCUUGUAACAAACUGUGAUGGCACUCUCAAGGCAGAAGUCACUAACAUGGCUGCUUACUACGAACACAGGAUUCUUCUCGGUAGCAAAGAAAUAUAUCACCUUGAGGCCUUUGUUGCAAAAUUUAUGAGUAUCUACAAGAGAUUCCUUGAGGAGGGAAUGGCAGAUUUCUUCUAAGGUCCUAUCAGUAUUUUCUUGCUCAUUGUCACCCCUGGAAUGUCUAGACUGUGCAUCAUAUGUGGUACUUUUAGUUAGUCUUGAUGUGAUAGGAAAAUGGAUGGUAUUGGGAUAUUAAUAUGUUUCCAAGGGUAAUAAUUAUUUGAAAAAGGCUUUGGUAUUUUUCCUUUUUUUUUUUCUUUCUCUUUCUUCCUUUCACUCUCUUUUUCUUCUCCUUUUCUUUGUAGACUCUUGAUUCUUGCUCUAUUGCUCUCACUUUCUUUCUUUCACUUUUCCUUCCUUCCUUACCUCCUUGCUGGCUUGCUGGCUUACUGGUCUUUCUCUCUUUUGCUCUGAUUCUGUUGUUCGCUGUUUUUCAUUUUUGAACUUUUCUGUUCUUUUUUAAUUAACUUGUAAUGUACUAAUAAAAUGCAGUCCAGUGGUGAGGGAGUUUUCCAUGUAACCAUAUGUACAUAGUAUCUUGCCAUCAAAAUUUAUCAGAGUAAAAAUUUGUUUGUCUARACAAUA